AAUCUCUGUAUCGCAAUGUACAUUAAGAGCGAUCGAACUGCGAAAAGAAAGAAAAAGCGUCGCAAGACCGUCGCCGACUGCGAUUCCGUCCAUGUCCUCCCCUACCUGCCAACAGAAAUUAUUACAAAAAUCUUAAUCAGACUUCCCGUCAAAACCCUCGUCAGAUUUAAGUGCGUAUGCAGAUCCUGGCUCGCUUUGAUAUCUGAUCCCAUAUUCGUCGAGAAUCAUCUGAGAGCUUCCAUCCAAGACAAGGGUUAUGCACACCAUAGACUUAUUAUGAGCUCCGGUUCUCGUAGUUUUGAAGUGAAAUCAUGUUCUCUUUCAUCUGUUUUGCAUGAAGAAUGUCCUAGUGCACAUGACCACUAUUAUCCAUUGAAGCACCCGCAACGCUUUGUUUCGAUAGUUGGUUCUGUGAAUGGAUUGGUUUGUAUAGCUAUAGACCAAGGUUCUGUAUUUUUAUGGAACCCAUCUACUAGGAAAUCAAAGAGACUGCCCAAUUGUGGCUUUAAAAAACGAUCACGUGGACACAUUGUAUAUGGGUUUGGCUAUGAUGAAGCUAGUUCUGAUUAUAAGGUGAUUGUUGCUAAAUCUGAAUUAUAUGGUGAAGCCCCUUUCAAGACUGAAGUAAAGAUUUAUGGGUACAAGAGUGAUUCAUGGAGGAGGAUUGAAAAUUUCCCUGAAGGCAUUCCCAUGGAUGCUCCGGGCACCUUUGUGGGUGGAUCACUUCAUUGGCCUGCAAGUGGGGAAAUUGAGUUCAACUAUUCUUGGAGUAUUCAGAAACCUAUUGUCUCUUUCGAUUUGUCAAAGGAAACAUAUUCUGCAUUCUCACAACCCUGCUAUGGGAAGGGUGCUUCGAAUCCAAAGCUAGGAGUUUUAUGUGACAACCUCUGCCUGCUAUGUAACAUUGGUUAUAAACGAGCCGAUGUAUGGGUGAUGAAGGAGUAUGGAAAAGUAGAAUCUUGGUCUAAGUUGUUUUCAAUACCGUAUUCUAGUCCGCUAGAGAAUUUCCCAUAUUCUGUACCCUUGUGUAUUUCUUUUAGGAAAAACGAAGUGCUUUUGGUGGUAGGAUCGCGUUUGGUGUUGUAUAAUAUGGACAACCAUACAGUUAGGCUUACCAACAUUCAAGAUUGCAUUCAAGAAUACCACCUUAAAGCAUACACUUAUAUUGACAGCCUAGUCUCUCCCUAUCCUGAAUGAUGCAACAUAGAGAGGUGAUUAAUGGUGA